UCCUCACUCCGCACUUCCGCAGUAUCAACUGGCCUCGGCCGCACAAAUCCCCCACUCCGCAGUCCCCGACGGCCCACGGCAGAGCCACCAGCAGCAGCAGGCAGCCCCAGAAAUCGAGCAAACAAGCUGCUCCAUGGCCUCACCAACCCGAACACCAUCGCCUCCGCCGGCGGUCGAGCCCAUCGCGCCUUCUCUCUCUUCAGAACAUCCGCCUGUCAACCCCUCCUGUGACGGAUCCUUCUCGCCGGAGAACCCAGCGCCAGCUCCACCUCCUCCCCCUGCUACUCCGCAUCCUCAUACUCCCAGCGAUAGCUCUCCUUCCUCAACUCCGCAUCCCUCGGCGCCACAGCCUCUUCCAUCUCCGCCUCCUCAUACUCCCGACGAUAGCUCUCCUUCCUCAACUCCGCAUCCCUCGGCGCCACAGCCCCCACCAUCUCCGCCUCCGCCGAGCGCUGAUGCUUCUCCUCCACUUUCGCGACAGGGCGAAACGUCACCGCCGCGCCCAUCGCCCCCUCCCUCACCCGCUCCAGUAUCCCCGCCUACUCCAGCGCCGGCGUCCUCGGAAGCCAAGUCGGAGCAGGAGGAGGCGGAAUCGGCUAGCGAAUCGGGGAGCAUGACGCUAGCCAUCGUUCUAGCCAAAACUGAAGAUGCAACGCCGCCGAAGGCCUCCUCGGCCGAGGCGUCCCCAACCAGAUCGCCGCAGAAGGAAUCGGCCGUCACCAUCGCGAAGCUCCUCUCCGCCGAAGACCUCGCGGCGAUGGAGGCUAAGGCCACGCCGGACAAGGUUACACCUCCGAGCGACGCUGGGUCCCUCGCCGCUGCCGCCGCCGUUACUACCGUUGGGGGAGUCAGUGGCGGCGUGGGGUCCAAGAGGUGGCUCCUAGGCGGCGUCCCGGAGAAGGUGCGGCGCGCUGAGCUGAGGAGGGCCGAGCUAGGGUUUAGGGUUUCGGCCGCCGUGUUCUGCCUGGUCGCGCUCUCCGUCAUGGCGGCCGAUACCACGACGGGCUGGUCCGGCGACUCCUUCCGCCGCUACAACGAGUACAGGUACGUACUUGCUGCGAGCGUCGUGACUUUUACCUACUGUGGAUUCCAGUUGGUAGCCGAGGUGCAUUACGUUGUCACAGGGAGACACAUGAUUCGAGCCCCAUUCCGCAGCUACUUCAAUCUUGCCAUGGAUCAGAUGUUAGCUUACCUCCUGUUGUCAGCAUCUUCAGCAGCGCUUUCUCGUAAUGGUGUUUGGAUGUCGCGGUUUGGAGGGGAUCAGUUUACCAAACUGAUCAAUGUCUCGGCUUCCAUGGCAUUCCUAGCUUUCAUUGCUCUGGGUCUUAACUCGGUGAUCUCUGCUUACUGCUUCUUCAGCUUGGUUUCAUAGAGCUACCGUUGUGCAUUGCAUGAUGUGAAUAAUACUACCUGUAUGCUUCUUGGAGCACUGAACCUUGAUUUAUGUGAAAUUUCUACAUGAUUUCUGUG